GUGGAAAAUAGACAUAUGAUGAGACAUUGGUAUAGAAGAGCAGCCACUCAAGGCGUAGUAGUGAGUGGACAGUUGUGGCAGCCGAGUGGUUUAUUGAGGAUGACGACUAACUGUAUCAGCAGCAACCGUGAUGAAUUGGACGCCAUUUUCAAACAGAAGCGAACUCUUCGUACUCAGCUCAGAAAAACCCUCAAGGCCAUCGACCCCUCCCUCAGAUCUCAACAAGAUACCGCUAUUCAGGACAUAGUUUUGGGAGCUCCGUGGUUCAAAUCAAGCCUUAGAUUAUGCGCAUACAUAAGUUGCAGUGCUUUACGGGAAGUCGACACUUUCAAACUCUUGUCACACAUUUUGCAACCUCAGCCCAAUGGUGGUAAAAAACUAUAUGUACCGCGGGUGGAGGAUAAAAACAGUCACAUGCGUAUGCUUAACAUAUCGCGUCUUGAUGACCUUGUCGCAAACUCAAUGGACAUCUUAGAACCAGCUCCAGUUGAUGCUGAUGGAAAUGCACGUGAAGACGUUUUGCAGGCAAAUGACCCAGUUGAUAUUUUGCUCUUACCUGGAUUGGCAUUUGACAGAUCUGGAAGACGUUUAGGCCGUGGUGGAGGUUAUUAUGAUACCUUCCUGAAAAAUUACAAGGACCUUGCAGAGGCACGCAAUUGGAAGCAGCCCUUGCUUGUUGCACUUUCAUAUUCACAACAAAUACUAGAUGAUGGAGUAAUACCAGUUACUUCAACUGAUAUUCCAGUUGAUGCUCUUGUAUCUCCAGAGGGUGUAAUUCCCAUCAGUUCCGCUGCCUUCAACAGUGUAAGAUUUCAGAAUGGAUCUCUGAGCUGGUGCUGAACACUUUCGAUAAAAAUGCGCGGUUAAUUAAGUAUUCGGCGCUGAUGGAGGGAGGCUUUGUGUAACAAGUAAAAAGGGUAACCAAUUCAUUAAAUGAUGCGACCAAUUGGGAUGACUAUGCUUUGACUUAGUUGUCAAGUAACUUAAUUUCAGUGUGAGAUUAUUGUGUUUUCUGUAUGACUUUUGUCUAACAAAAGUUUCUGAAAUUGAUGUAGAGUUAAAUCGCAUUAGUAUUACAGAUAUGGUUUUCGAAAAAUAUGGAUCAUUUAAAAGUGUCGAAAAUGGCUUUGCUUGUAUCUUAUUUUUAUUUGCCAGAUGGAGUUUAUAUUUGAAAAAACAUUAUUUUAUCCUAAA